UGGCAAUGAACAUGGUUCUGGGGUUGAUUACACACUGCCUUUUGUUGACCUUGGUAAACCCAGUGGUGGGGUCUCACCUGAAAGGGAUGGAAAUCAAUGACAAACGUCACCACAAAAUCCAGCAUGGACACUGCAGCUACACCUUUCUUUUGCCUGAGAUAGAAAACUGUUAUCCACCCCCAGCUGACUACCAGGUAUCCAAUUCAUUACAGAGGGAUGCGCCUGCACAGGCUGACCUCCACUGGCCCAGCAAGAGGAUAGAGGAGCUAGAGAGCAUCAUGGAGAACAAUACACAGUGGCUUCACAAGCUAGAAAGUUAUAUUCACAACAAUAUCAGAGAUGAGGUAACAGACUCUGAGCGAUCAACUGUGCAGAACCAAACAAUCAACAUGCUGGAAAUCGGAACAAACCUACUAGCUCAAACUGCUGAGCAAACACGCAAGCUGACCGAUGUAGAAACUCAGGUUAUGAACCAAACAAACAGACUGGAAAUCCAGCUGCUGGAAAAUUCUUUAUCAACAAACAGGCUGGAGAAGGAACUUCUGCAACAAAGCCAAGAGAUUAACAUGCUGCGUGAAAAGAACAGUUUUCUGGAAAACAGAGUCUUGCAGAUGGAGGAGAAGCACCGAGAGGAAAUAGAUGUGCUGAAAUCUGAGAAACUUCAUGUAGAAGAUGUACUUUCCAAGCAGAGUGGCCUCAUCGGGGAACUGGAGCAGCAGCUCAAUGAUGCAGUGCAUAACAACACCAUCUUACAACGACAGCAGGCACAACUCAUGGAGACUGUGGGCCAGCUAGCCAGCCUGGUAACCCCUUCAGAGCCCACUAUAGACAAUAUUCCAAUCAUACCAAAGGAAGAACAAAUGUCUUUCCGAGACUGUGCAGAUGCAUAUAAAUCUGGACUAACAUCCAGUGGAAUCUACAUGUUACGCUUUUCCAAUUCUACAGACACAGUAAAAGCAUUGUGUGAUAUGGAUACUAGUGGAGGAGGCUGGACUGUUAUCCAACACCGCAAGGAUGGAUCUGUAAAUUUCCACCGAACCUGGAAAGAAUACAGAGAAGGUUUUGGUACCCCUUCUGGAGAGUAUUGGCUAGGCAAUGAAUUUGUCCACCAGUUGACGUCUCAAGGCUCAAACAACCUGAGAAUCCAGCUAAGAGACUGGGAUGGAAAUGAAGCCUAUUCAUUAUACGAUACCUUUUCUCUUGGAAAUGAAGAACUUAACUACAGGUUGAAUUUAAGAGGAUAUAGUGGAACAGCAGGAAGGACAAGCAGUUUUAGCCCCGCAGGCACUAACUUCAGCACCAAGGAUGUAGAUAAUGACAGAUGCAGCUGCAAAUGUGCACAGAUUGCUACAGGAGGUUGGUGGUUCGACGCCUGUGGCCCUUCAAACCUCAAUGGCAUUUAUUAUCCAAGUGGAUCUGGUACUGCUAAGUACAAUGGAAUCAAGUGGCAUUAUUGGAAAGGCCCCAGCCAUGGACUGAAGUCUGUCACCAUGAUGAUCCGUUCUACUGACUUUUGAACCAAUAUGCACAUUGACUUCCAAAGUCACACUAUGCUCUUUUUGCUUUUUCUCAAUUAGAAACAAGAAAUGAUCUGCGUUUGAGCUGACAUUUUAGAAUAUGCUGUCCAUACUGUUUGUGCUCUUUGGGCAGUGAUGGUUUAUUAUUGUUACAGUAAGGAAACAUGGCUUUAACUAUG